AUGGUUGCUGACUUUGCUAAGUUAAUUGCUAUUCGAUUCCAAAUGAGCAUGAAUCGUGAACUAAGCUUCUUUCUUAGUCUCCAAGUUAACCAAACCAAUAGAGGAAUCUUUAUUCACCAAGAAAAGUACAUCUCAGAACUUCUCAAGAAAUAUUCAAUGGACACUUGUGCCUCGGGUAAGAUACUUAUGGGUUUCGGACACGCGAUCUUUUCGGACCCUUCAAGUGUAGCUGUUGAUGAAAAUAAGUACAGAGGAAUGACUAGAUCACUACUCUACCUCAUUGCAAGUCGUUCGGACAUCAUGUUUUCAACAUGUUUGUGUGCCAGAUUUCAAGUCAAUGCAAAGAUAUCUCAUCUAUUAGCCGUUAAGCAAAUAUUCUGUUACCUCAAAGGUACAAAUAAUCUCGGAAUCUGGUACCUAGCAAAUGAGAGUUUCCUCCUUCAAGCAUAUUUCGAUUCAAGCUAUGGCGGUCUUCAAUUAGACAAAAAACGCACAUCUGGUGGCUGUCUGUUUUUAGGUGGUUGA